GUAAUCUCCAAGCACUUCGGACACAUCCGCGUCUGUUACUGAACCUGCUAACGUCUUCCAGAGCUCGCACACCUGCUUUGGUGCUACAACUGUCUUGCUUCGGGUAGGACAUACCUACUAGUGACUACUGCUCACACGGCAUACACUAUGGGUCGGGCAGCUGGUCCGCGGCCCUGGCCCCUCCCAAUUCGCCGACUAUAGCGCUGACGAUUCGGUUGACAGCUUGUGGGUGUAAAGGUAGCAAAAUGUCACGGAUUCAUGGGCACGGUGCGCGGGCGCCAGGGCUCGGCGUGGAGCAGCACUCUGCGUGGGCAGCUGAGGAGCUGCAGUGGCGCCUGGGCCGGCGCCUGCAGGGCUCGCCCCUAGACAACGCCACGCUGUUCUGGGUCAUUAUCGCCGUCAGCAUCGUCGUGGGCCUCAUCAUCCUUGCGGUCGUCAUCUGGGCCAUAGUGACCAAGUGCGGGCGCGCAAAGAGUGCGCCGGUGGUUCCCUACAAUGACCCCGUCAAGGCAGCCACUGCGGCGCAGGGGGCGCACCCAGGCGGGCCGGACCAGCACCUAGCGGGCAAGGGUAUGGACUUGGAAAAGGGCAUGAUAAAAUCUGCCUACACCGCGCCCGACGUGCAGGCUGUCAACGGCAUGCACGCGGCGCCGGUCAUUCUGCCGGUUCCGCCCUGGGAGGCCAACCCGCAGGCGCUGCCGCCGGGUAUUGUGCUGGCGCCCGUCACGCCGCCCACCUUCAACGCGCUGUUCUCCAACCCGCGCCUGGCCAGCGAGCCGCCCUAUGAGCGGCUGGUGCUGCUGUCCAGCCGCGUGCACAACGUGGAGCUGGUGGCGCGGGCGGUGCUGCCCAAUGUGGCCUACGUGGCGUACGACUGGAAGAACUUCACGCUGCAGGAGCUCCUGCGCUACAUCAAGAAGGUGCUGGGGACGCAGAAGGUGGUGUCCAUUGCGGUGGUGGCGCCAGGCAGCAAGCCCGGCUCCGUAGGCUUGCUGGAGGGCUCCUCCACCACGCCGGAGAAGCUGGCCACGAAGACGGAGCUGUCGCAGUUCUGGCGCGUGCUGGCGGGCUGCGUGGCGCUGAGCGGCACCGCCGACGGCCGCCGCAUCGACCUGCUGGGCUGCCGCCUGGUGGAGGCACCGCGCGAGGGCGCUGCGCUGCUGAGGGAGCUGUGGAACCUCACCACUGUGCCCUUCGCAGCAGCGGACGACGCGCUGGGUGGCUAUAUGCUCAGUACCUUCAUGGAGGAGCCCACCACCAAGCAGCUAAGCCUUAUCAGCUCCACCAUACCCGCCAUUGACCUGUACUUCAACCGCCACGCGCUGCUGGGCGUGCCGCCGCCGGGCAGCGCCGAGGCUGUGGCCAUGGCCCCGCCACUGGUGGCGUCGGCAGCGCCGCUGCCGCCAGGGCCGCCGCCGCCCGGCGCCAUCGGGCCUGUGGGCAGCGCGCCGCCCAUGGCGGUGCCGGCGGGCGCAGGGCAGGCAGUGCCACCGGGAGCCGCGGUACCUCCAGGCGCCGUCCAGGCAGCACCACUGCUGGGGGCGGUAGCAGCAGCCGCAGCAGGGGCAGCUGCGGUAGGAACUGCUGCGGCCGUGGCUGCCGCGCACGCGCCUCCCCCGCCACCGGGGCCAGCGCCACCCCCGCCACCGGGGUCAGCACCGCCCGCGCCACCGGGGGCACCACCAGGUGCACCGCCCGCUCCCGCACCUGCGCCUGCGGCCGCACAAGCGCCACCGGCGGUCAAAGCAGCGGCGCUGCCUCCCUCCGUGCCCGGUGGCGACAUCUUCACUCGCUUCAACAUGGCGCUGGCGCAGCGUGGCAAGACGCCUGACGCCGCGUUUACGGAGGGUGACAAGAACGCCAACGGCAGCCUGAGCACGGACGAGCUGACGGCGCUGAUGCUGGCGCACGUGCCUGAUGCCAGCAGCAUGGACAUCAAACACUUCAUGGCUAUGCUGGACACGGAGAACGAGGACGGCGUGCUGAGCCGCAGCGAGUUCGUGCUGGGCCUGCCCGAGAACGUGCGCAUCCAGGAUCUGGUGCGCAGCGGCCGCGAUGACGACGAGGUGGUGCUGCGGCUGCAGGAGUACCUCACGGACAACGAGGCCGUCAUCAAGGACACCAUGAUGGAGUUUGACGCCAACGCCAACGGCGAGCUGGACCACCGCGAGCUGCAGCAGCUGAUCGCCUGUAUCCCCGGCCUGGCCCCGCCGGAGAAGAAGUUCAUCCUGGCCUUCCUCUACCACCACGACGCCAACAAAGACAUGAAGGUCAGCUACGUGGAGCUGCGCAAGGCACUGGACCAGUUCGGCAAGCCGCCGCCCGCCGUCGCCAAGUCCGCGGCGGCGGCGGCGGCGCCAGCGGCGGCGGCGGCGCCAGCGGCGGCGGCGGCGCCAGCGGCAACAGCGGCGGGCCAGGCGGUGCAGGCAGGACAGGCGCAGGCGGGACAGGUCGCGCAGGCGGCACAGGUGCAGGCAGGGCAGGCGGCAGCGGCGGCGCAGGUGCAGGCACAUGCGGCUUCGGGGCUGGCGCAGGCGGCAGCGGGGCAGGCAUGUCAAGCGGCACAGGCACAAGCGCUGGCGGCGCAGGCGGCGGCGGGGCAGGCGGCAGUGGCAGCACAGGCGCAAGCACAGGCGGUUGCGGGACAGGCAGCAGCGGCGGCGCAAGCACAGGCAGCAGCAACUGGUGCAGCAGCAGCAGCCGCGUUGCCGCCGCCUAUGCCCUCGCCACUCGGUGGACCACCGGGUGGAUUGGCGCCGUUGGGCGGCAACAAGCUCGGGCCCUUGGCGCCGCUCGCGCCGCUGUCCGGUGGGCUUCCAGGGGGCGCAGCGCUGGGCCGACCCGGUGGCUUGGCGCCGCUGGCACCUCUGGCGCCCCUCCCGGGCAGAUAAAGCUCUGCGCUGAGUAGACGUCCCUGUUGUCCCGGGUCGUCGCGUCCCUGUUGUCCCGGGUUGUCUGUUGGCAUUUGAGGACGGGGUUGGGGUCGGAUGGCAUCACCGCCUGCGCAUGGCAGGCUCGGUUUCUAUGACGAUGGCGAGAGGGCAUGGCCAAAGGCUGGAGUGAUUGAGUACCGGCAUGAUGGCGGAAAUGGAUGACAGCAUUUAUGCAUGCAUGACGCAGACUGACUACCUGAGAGUGCUCAACUGUUGCGGUCUGGUGCAGCGGCCAACCUGUGCUGCGGAAAGCAGCACAUGCACCGUACGUGAUGCGGUGGCACUUGGCCUCAUGUAACACGGUCUCGGAGGUAUGCACAAGUAUGCAUCUGCUCUUCUUACCAGUUACGAGGCCUGUAGGUAUGCCUUGAGUCGGUAUGCGUCUUGCACACUACCGUGUGCACAGCCCUGCCUGCCGCAAACACCCGUGGCGCGCGUGCGCCCCACGCCCCGGCCUAUCAUUCUGGCAUAUGAAACUAUAGCAAGGCGCUUGCAAUCAGUCGGCCUGGGCUCUGGUACUGGGUGAGAAAGCAUCAUCACCAGUACGGCAGUACUGUUCCGGGGGUAGGGGCCAGGGUAGGGAGCGCACAUCGUGUCAGCAGAGGUGCCCGGGCCUGUCGUGCCCCUUGCUCGUCAAGCGAUGCGACAUGUAAAACCUCUGCGUA